UGAGUUAUUAUAAUGAUGAUGGAUGAUGAUAGUGCAUGGUACAUGUGAAGAAGACAGACAGGCCAGAAAGAAGAAUAAGAUUUGACUUGAUUUCAGAAGACAGAGUGUGUGUGUGCAAGUGUUACAUUAACAACAACGAGAAGAACAACAACAACAAAGAAGAAGAAAGAGAAAGCGAUAGAAAGAGAGAAAAAAAAGCAAAAUAUUCAAUCAGAUCGAAUUUUAUUUUGACGUCCGCACCACAUACGCUUCUUUCUCUCUCUACUUUCUCUCUCUAAAAAAACUCAACAAGAUAAUAACAGAACCACAGGGCCCCCUCUUUCUAGAAGAAGAAGUAACAAACCCUAGAAAAACUCUACUCUUCAUUCUUCAACGCAAUUCAAAUUUUAUUUUCGUUUUAUUUCUCUUCAAUUUCAACUUCUGAGAUUCAUUUUGAAGUAGUUUGAAGAUUGAAGAUUGAGCAUUUAAUUGGCGAUAGUGUAAUUGUGGUUUUAUCAGUUAGUUUUGGAGAUUUUUUGGGUCGAGAGGUUUUUUGUUUUUGUUGUUUUUAGAUAAAUUUUGUUGUGUAAGUGUUUGGUUAUCACGAGUUUGGUGUGGGUAAUUUGUGACUUUGAUGAGUUCAUGUUUAGUGCACUUGGUUAUUGUUAUUGUGCUUAGUGUUUAAGUGAUUUAUUUGUUAAGAAUGGUGCCUCCGGGGCCACCCACUCCGAUUGGUGGUGCCCAGUCAGUGUCGCCUUCGCUAAUGAGAUCGAAUUCGGGGAUGAUGGGAGGUCAAGGUGGUCCCAUGCCUUCACAAGCUUCUUUUCCUGCAUUGGUUUCGCAGCGAAAUCAGUAUAAUAACAUGAACAUGUUAGGCAACAUGUCUAAUGUUGCUUCCAUGAUGAAUCAGUCUUUUUCUAAUGGGAUUCCGAACUCAGGACUUUCGGGAAUGGGAAGUAAUCAGAGGGGAGGUGCUGGUAUGGAUGCUAGUGCUGAACAGGACCCGCUAUCUGGUAUCAGCAAUGGAAUGGGAUUUGGUAAUCCUUCGUCGGCGUUUGGGCAAUCGAAUGUGUCUAACCCUAGCUCAUCUGGUCAAGGCCAGGGUCAGCAAUUUUCGAACCCUUCUGGUAACCAGUUGUUGUCGGAUCAACAGCAUUCUCAACAACUCGAAGUUCAGAAUUUCCAACAUAGUCAGCAGCAGUCGGGGCAGCAGUUUUCGGCUCCGCUGAACACUCAACAACAGCAGCAGCAGCAGCAUUUUCAAUCAAUGCGAGGUGGGAUAGGUGGUAUUGGACAUGUGAAAAUGGAGCCACAGGUAAACAACGAUCAGUUCGGGCAGCAGCAGUUGCCAUCGCUGAGGAAUCUUGCUCAAGUGAAAUUGGAACCACAACAACUUCAAACAAUGAGAGGUAUGGCGCCGGUAAAAAUGGAGCCACAGCAUACUGAUCAGCCAUUUUUGCAUCAACAACAGCAACAGCAACAGCAGCAGCAACAACUUCUCCAUAUGUCAAGGCAAACCUCUCAGGCUACUGCUGCACAGAUGAAUCUUUUGCAACAACAGAGACUAAUGCAAUAUCAACAGCAGCAGCAACUCUUAAAGGCAAUGCCUCAGCAACGGUCCCAGCUACCGCAGCAGUUUCAACAGCAGAAUAUGCCUAUAAGGUCUCCUGCGAAACCAGCAUAUGAACCUGGGAUGUGUGCUAGGCGGUUGACUCAUUACAUGUAUCAGCAACAACAUAGACCUGAAGAUAACAAUAUUGAUUUCUGGAGGAAAUUUGUUGCCGAGUAUUUUGCUCCUAAUGCUAAAAAGAAGUGGUGUGUUUCCAUGUAUGGAAGUGGCAGACAAACAACUGGAGUUUUCCCUCAGGAUAUAUGGCACUGUGAAAUAUGUAAUCGCAAACCUGGCCGCGGGUUUGAGGCAACUGCUGAGGUUCUUCCCAGGCUUUUCAAAAUUAAGUAUGAAAGUGGUACUUUAGAAGAGCUACUGUAUGUUGACAUGCCUCGUGAAUAUCAUAAUUCCUCUGGCCAGAUUGUUCUAGAUUAUGCAAAAGCAAUACAAGAAAGUGUUUUUGAGCAACUUCGCGUUGUUCGUGAUGGUCAACUUCGAAUAGUUUUUUCUCCAGACCUGAAGAUAUGCUCCUGGGAAUUUUGUGCUCGGCGUCAUGAAGAGCUCAUCCCCAGAAGAUUGUUGAUACCACAGGUUAGUCAGCUUGGAGCAGUUGCUCAAAAAUAUCAGGCAUGUACUCAAAAUGCAGCACCCAAUCUAUCCAUUCCAGAGUUACAAAAUAAUUGCAAUUUGUUUGUUUCAUCAGCCCGUCAGCUGGCAAAAGCAUUAGAAGUUCCAUUGGUUAAUGAUUUAGGAUAUACAAAGAGAUAUGUGCGGUGCCUACAAAUAUCUGAAGUGGUAAAUAGUAUGAAAGACUUGAUAGAUUAUAGCAGAGAAACAGGGACUGGACCUAUGAACAGCUUAGCCAAGUUCCCUCGGAGAACAAGUAAUUCAUCCGCACUUCAUAGUCAGGCGCAACAGUCUGAAGAUCAAUUACAGCAGCAACAACAGCAUAUGGUGGCCCAUAAUUCAAACGGUGAUCAAAACCCUGUGCAAUCUGCUGCCAUGCAAAUUCCUUCCAACAAUGGUGUGCCUAGUGUAAAUAACAAUGUCAAUUCAGCAUCUGCAUCGACCACCACAAGCACCAUUGUUGGACUUCUCCACCAGAACUCUAUGAGUGCUAGACAGCAAAAUUCAAUAAACAACGCCAGCAGUCCAUAUGGAGGUAGUUCUGCCCAUAUUCCAUCCCCCGGUUCUUGCAAUACAGUGCCACAAGGGCAACCAAACUCAUCCCCUUUUCAUUCACCAACACCGUCCUCAUCUAACAACAACCCACAAACUUCUCACCCAGGCAUAACAUCUGCAAAUCACAUGGGUACAGCAAACUCACCAGCUAAUGUUUCCUUGCAACAACAACAGACAUCUAUUUCUGGGGAAGCCGACCCUAGUAGUGAUGCUCAGAACUCGGUCCAGAAAAUCUUUCAUGAGAUGAUGAUGUCCUCCCAGAUGAACGGUGCAGGUGGAAUGGUUGGCCCUAAUUCUCUUGGAAAUGACAUGAAGAAUGUAAAUGGUAUCCUACCAGUGAGUACUAAUACAGGCCUCAACAGUGGCAAUGGCCUGAUGAGUAAUGGAGGCGUGAACAGUAAUUCUGGCGUUGGGAUUGGUGGUUAUGGCACAAUGGGUCUCGGUCCAUCUGGUUUACCCAAUGGAAUGAGACCUGCAACAGGAAAUAAUUCAGUCAUGAAUGGGAGGGGAGGAAUGGCAUCAAUCACUCGGGAACAGGCUAUGAAUCAUCAACAAGAUUUGUCAAGCCAACUACUUAGUGGGUUAGGAGCAGUAAAUGGUUUUAAUAAUCUUCAAUUUGAUUAGAAACCGUGAAUCUUUGUAAUCUUGUGGAUGUAGACUGGUUCUUUGGCAGCUUCUUGUGCAGCAUGAGGAGUGCUAGAUCUGCUUUCAGCACCCUGAUGAUGGCAGAAUUCAGUCGGGUAGUCAUAGGUCUUUGUACUAAUCUGCUUUCUUACAUAUAUAUAUAUAAAUAUAUAAAAGAUGAAAAUUUGUUGGCUGGUUGUUUGGCUGAUGGGGCUGUUUUUUCUUUGUAUUCAGAUGUAACUUUUUACUUUUUGUAUUUUUAAAAUACUGUGUAUGGCGUAUACAACCUUAUCCAUUAAGCACAUGCAAGAGAGUUGAUGUUUUGUGGUGCAAACUGCAAUUUGGGACAUAUGUACAUCAACGGUUGGAUAAGUCUGGCACAUGGCCAAUUGGACACUGAAUUCUGAAAGAUGAAAGAACUAGCAGGAGUGAAGAAAAGAGGGACUGAAUGAAUAGUUUUCCAUCAUUGGGAAUUUACACCAAUGAUCAAAAUCGUAAAGGUAGCCAAUGUAAUCUUUACAAGUUGUUGAAAAAGGUAUGGAUACAAAGUACUAUUUUUAAAGUUGCAAAGGCCCCUUCCAUUUUUGAAGAGUAAAACAGUUGGUAUUCGUAUGCUUCUUAUUCCA